AUGGGUGUCCGGAGCGAUGCGAAACACCAACAAUGUCGACGUGAUCCACCAUUGGAGGUGAACAUGGUGGGCUCCGCGAUUGAUGACAUCUCGCGACAAGUGUCUCGACUAGCCAAAGGCGAGGUAUUAUUCCGCUUGCUCAGCAGUGGCCCUUCGUCAGGGCCGAUUGCUAGUGUCGUCUUCGCUGUUGCAUCCAACACUCGUUCACGCUAUGCUGUUAUGGGGACUCCGGAUAGAAUCAGCGCUCUCAAAUCUGUUUUGGAACAAGACGCGGAUCCCCAGUGGCAACCAUACCCACGGUAUUUCGGCAACAUGGAGGCUAACACGAGAGCCCAGGAGGACAGUCAGAGAGCGCAGGUGCCGGAGUGA